CCAUCAUGCUACAGAAAACAUUUAUAGUUUGUCAGAGAACCGAGCAAUAAUCUUUCUACCAAAUUAUAGCGGCAACUUACUUGUCUUGGAUUGAAAGAUGACCGUUUUACUCCCAGAUACUAAAAGCCUUGUACCAUCAUGGUUUUGUGUUGCUAUUUAAUUGUAUUGCAUAAGGUUAAACCAUUGUUGUCUAAAUAAUGUUCACAGCUCUGGAAAUUGUCCAAUUUGUGAUGAAAUAGCUUGAACCCGAAAGUAAACAUGGUACACUUAACAGCAACUUUUGGAGGACUUCCACAAGUCUUGAUCAAGUAAAUAAACAGCUAGCUAGAUAGCUAGUUAAAUAAAAACACAACAUAGCAGGUUUUUUUCCAUCACAACCAAGACAAAGAUAUAGUAUGGUUACAUAAAAUUUCCUGGAAAACACUGCAUGAAAAUUCAGUUAGAAUUCAGUUAAUAUGCACAUUAACAGCCGUUAUUUUGCUGUGAUUUAAAGAUUACAUUGCAAUAUAUAUUAAACUGUAAAUAAUAAACUUUAAAACAUAAGCUAUUGCAUUUAUCUGUUGAACACAUCAUCCAACACAAGUUACAUCUCUUGUUUUUCAGUUUUAAAAGAUGUAUUACAGUGAAAAGUUCAUGCUGCUCAGCGAGGUUCAACAAUGAGAGCAGUGUUACAUGGAGUUGAGAAACACGAGGACAGUCCACAGGCUCACAGUAUGCAAUAUGCAUGCAGGGGACACUGAGAAGUGUGCACAUGAGAAUCACAGUGAUGUGUGUUGUCUUUCAAGGGUCUGACAAAAAGAAAUAUGCAACCCACUCAAAUAACAGAUUCAUGAUGUAUGAGUAAUAAAUAACAUAUAUGUUUUUAUUCAAUUUGAAUUGUGCAUCCAUUUUACUGAUUAAAAAAAAGGUGAGCAAAAAAAGAAAUCCUAAGCAGUCUUGAGCUCUCAUGACUCUCACCAUAAACACUAACAAAUACUAUUGACAAAAAUCAUGGUUUUGUUUGUUCUCUUGCAGCAUGCCUAUGUGACUCAGAUUAACAGAUUACAGAAAAGUUCUGCAAAAUGACCACAGACAUCAGCGGUCGUCUUCCUCUCAAUGUCUAUGUCAUCUUUCUUGGGAUAGGCCUCUUCGUCUUCAUGUUGGGCAUGAUCUUCUGUUGCUACCUAUUCAGAUUAAGGCGACAGGGCACACAAGAACAAUAUGGAUAUAAUGAGGUCAUUCUAAAAGGUCCAGGGAAAAAACUGAGUCUUCUUGGACAGACCUGUGCAGUUUGCUUGGAAGAGUUUCGGAGCCGGGAUGAACUAGGGGUUUGCCCUUGUUCUCAUGCGUUUCACAAAAAGUGUCUGGUGAAGUGGCUGGAAAUUCGCAGUGUUUGCCCCAUGUGCAACAAGCCUAUCUGCAGGCUCCAGGCAGAUCCUCUGCAGGGGGCCGAGGGGCCCCAGAACCCCCUGGAGGUGUGACAGAAGAGGGACGUCACUGCUCAGAGAUAGGCAGGCUCUCACACACCUAAGAACAGCGUUAAAAAACACCACAAUACUGGGCCGGGUGGGUGGGCAGACUAGUCCGAAAAUACAUAACAAUCGCCCCUGUCCACCAAUCACCAGAUUUCUCCUGCAUACGUAGAUGGGGGGAGGGAGGGAAAGCGGGAUUUUCCCAGUGCAACUGAACUGAUGUGCCGUAUUCUUGGCCAUAAUGUAGCUUGCAGCAAGAUAAAUUGAUGCCUUGUGGACUCCAAACAGACAAAUAUUCAGACCAGGACAGAUGCACAAAACAUGAGGUCUGUGGAAUAUGUGUGAAGUUACAGAAGUCCUCCUCUAACAGAGAC